GUGGAAAGUGGAGGAGGAAGGAGCUAAUUGUACACCCAACGUUAUCCCUUUUCUUGUUUGGUCUUGACCAGUGGUUGCAAUAACUUCUCAGGUCAACGUCUUCUCUGUUAUUACUUAUUACUCGCACUGUCCUGUCCCUGUCCUCCCUGUCCUCCGUGCCCACUUUCUCUCUUUCCACUCUCCUAGCUUCCACAGUUUCUGAAACUGGUAAGAGAAUUCCCUCUGCUGCUAUAUAAGAAUUAAACGUUGAUUCUUUCUUUGAGUACCGUGAGGUGAGCUGAUCAGAGAGGAAAAGAGCAGUUCCAUUGGAAACAUAUAUAGCACGAGAAAAGAUCUCGGUUUGGUAGAAGAGGGAUGCGGAACCCCGCCGUAUUUUGCAGCACGGUCGCCGCCGCCGCCGGCAGAUUCCCGCCGGCUCCAGUUCCAGAAUUCCGGUUCAUGCAAUCCAGCUCAAGGAUUACGUUGGUAAGAUGAAACUGGAAGGCCACCUGGACUCCCAUCUCCGCUGCUAGAGCUUCAGCCACUUCUGCAGACCAAGACCCUCUGACUCUCUUCGCGGAAGCCAAAAGAAACUUGCCAGCAUCAUCUCUAAUAAUCACUCCAAGCCCAGCUCCCCCCGCCAUCUAAGAUCCCAGCAUCGGUGCACACGAAAAUAGAGCCGAUCAGGGGUUUCCUCCACGGCUUGCGUUCCAUCUGCACAGUGGUGCUGUCAUCCGAAGCUUGGUGUUGUUUGUACUCCGCUAGUAGGGCUAUUUUGGCAGACGGCAGAAUCGGUGACGGCCAUCCAAAACACGACAACGACCACAAAAGGCAUCUCGUCGUCCCGUCCGCCGUUCAUCCAGCAGCCGGCGGUCGCAUCAACAACAAGAAGAACAACUUUAUAUGCUCAUGCUCUGUGACUGUGCCUCCUGUACUAUGGGAGGAGGAAGAGAAGAAGAAGAAGAAGCAGCCGCAAACGGUGACGUUUGGGCCGAAUGAAGCUUCUUCGAUGGUGAAGCAGCUGAGGCAGAGCUUCAAAUCUGGGAAGACCAAGAGUUAUCAAUGGCGGGUCUCUCAGCUGAAAGGGAUUGCUAAAAUGGUCGAGGAGAGGGAAAGCGACAUCGUUCAGGCCCUUUACCAGGACCUCUCCAAGCCGCCACUUGAAGCCUUUGUUGCUGAGAUUUCAAUGGCCAAGUCUUCAUGCAGGGAGGCCAUAGAAGGGCUCCAAGAUUGGAUGAAGCCUGAAAAGGCCAAAACCGGCAUUUCAACAUACCCAUCUACAGCAGAGAUUGUCUCUGACCCUUUAGGGGUAGUGCUGGUCAUCUCAACCUGGAACUUCCCCUUCUUGCUGUCUAUUGAUCCAGUGAUUGGAGCCAUAGCAGCAGGAAAUGCAGUGGUUCUGAAGCCAUCAGAGAUUGCUCCGGCUACAUCUUCACUUCUGUCCAAGCUAGUGAAGGACUACCUGGACGAUUCUGCCGUCAAAGUUGUUGAAGGGGCCAUCCCUGAAACCUCUGCAUUGUUGGACCAACAGUGGGAUAAGAUUCUCUACACAGGAAGUGCUAGAGUGGGCAGGAUUGUAAUGGCUGCCGCGGCCAAGCACCUGACCCCUGUGGUGCUUGAACUGGGUGGCAAAUGCCCUGCUGUUGUGGAUUCCAAUGUCAAUCUAGAGGAAAUUAAGGUUGCUGUGAGGAGGAUCAUAGCAGGGAAAUGGCAAUGCAACAAUGGACAAGCCUGCAUUGGAGUUGAUUACAUCAUAACUACUAAAGACUUUGCUCCAAAGUUGAUAGAAGGUCUUAGAAAAGGGAUAGAGGAGUUCUUUGGGAAGGACCCAAUGGAGUCAAAGGACAUUUCCAGGAUUGUGAGCCCUGCCCAAUUCAAACGUUUGGUUGGGCUUCUGGAUGAGGAUAAUGUCUCUGACAAACUUGUCCUUGGUGGCCGCAGGGAUUCAACUAGAUUGAAGAUAGAUCCAACCAUAGUAUUGGAUCCUCCUCAGGAGUCCCAAAUCAUGCAGGAAGAGAUCUUUGGACCAUUGCUUCCCAUUGUCACGGUAGGCAAUUUGAAGGAAUCCUUUCAAGUGAUAAACUCCAAACCAAAACCUCUAGCAGCAUACCUCUUUACAGAAGAUGAGCAGCUGAAGCAGGAUUUUGUGGAGAAUGUUCCCUCUGGAGGCAUGUCCAUCAAUGACACCAUACUCCACGUGACAGUUCACACAAUGCCAUUUGGAGGAGUUGGGGAGAGUGGAAUGGGAUCAUACCAUGGCAAGUUCUCAUUUGAUGCAUUCAGCCACAAGAAGUCAGUCCUCUACAGAAGCUUCAGUGGGGAUGCUUCUCUAAGGUACCCACCUUACACUCCAAAGAAGCAAAUGGUAAUGAAGGGCCUCAUGAAUGGUGGGUUGCCUGGGAUGCUGCUUGCUUUGCUUGGAUGGUCUUCUCACAAUAGUGGUACUAAAUCUUAGGCUAGGGAAAAGAGAGAUUAUACAAUUGAUUACUUGAGCAAUCUACUUUUUCUUCAAUCAAAGUAUAUGUAUAUUAAUAUAAGCAUAACUAAUAGUAAUUUGUGGUAUGCAUGUGUAGAUACAUAUAUAUGUAUUGCCUAGUCCUCUACGAGCGAGUUUUGAAUCACUUGCCACAGUAACGAGCAAUAAUAAUGGUCAAAAUUUAUUUUUGUUUUUAGUGACCAAUCCAUAAAAAGACGAUAAAAUAAUAAAGUUAUAAUUGCU